AUGGGAAAAAUACAUUUGUAUUUUUUAAUUUUAUUCUUUAAGAAUCCAUUUGAAACUCCUGCCGAAUCUUUACUGAAGACUAGCGUUAUGAUGAUUGGCGAAUUUGAGUUUGAUGCUAUUUUCAAUGAUCCGGAGAAUCCCAUCUAUUUCAAAGGACCAACAUACAUUUUAUUUGUUCUAUUUCUUAUAUUAAUGUCAAUUAUAAUCAUGAAUCUGUUGGUUGGACUUGCAGUCGACGAUAUUAAAGGUGUUCAAGAACAAGCUCAUCUGAAACGACAAGCCAUGAAGGUUGAUUUAGUUUUAAAUGUAGAAAGCGUUCUACCAGUUUGGGCUCUUCGUAAAUGUACAGUCAGAAUGAGAACAGUUUGUCCAAAUGUGAAAACGUUGUAUCAAAGAAUUGUCUCUUAUAUAUGGCCAACAAGUAACAUAACCCCGACACAACAUUUUUUUAAAACUGAAAUGGAUCGUGUUCAAGAGAAACAGGAUAUGAUGUCGAGGAAAAUUGAAAACUUACAAAAGCAACUUCUACAUUUGAAAAGGCAAAAUAAAGAUAUUUUAUUGAUGUUAUCAGACAUGUCUAAACAGUCUGAAGAAGAUAUUUCAGACAAUGAUAGUUGUUAAUAUUUAUUAUUGAUAUUAAUCUUAAUUUUCUAAAGAUGAUUUUUCAUAAUUUUAUACGGUGUAGGGUCUUCCAAAACAAAUUAUAUUAAUUAUUACUUAAGACUAUGUGAAAAAUAUAAUCCAUAUUUGAUGCAGUAUUCUUUCAUUUAAUUUGAAAAACUCAUUGUGUCGAUGACAAGUUUUUUGUCCAAAAAGAGUUGUCGUCUGCGCAAUAACGAGUUUUUCAAGUCAAAUUAAAUGAUUUAAAUGAAGGAAUAAUGCAUUAAAUGUGGAUUAUACUUUUCAUUUUCUUUCAAAAGAACUGUUUGAGAGUGUUUUUAUGCAACAAGAACUAUGUGGGGUACACCAAUGAAAGAGUAAAUACCCAAGUUUCAUCUAUCAUCUACAUACAAACAUUUUUUUUUUCUCUGCUGCCUCCAUAAACAAAAAAUGCUAACUCCUCAAUAAAGAAAGCAUUUUUUGUUCUGCGGUUUGCAAAGUUGAAAUCAGUCAUGGCAAUUCACUUUAAAAUUGUCAUUUUCAUACAAUUUCAAAGUGAUCUACUGUGUAACACAACACAUUCCUGUUGUAUAAUGAUGAAUGAUUUCGAGUUUGUGGACUGCAGAACACAAAACACUUCGUCUUGGAUAUUUACUCUAUCAAUUGGUGUAUGUUGCAUAGUUCUUUGGUAAUAAUUAACAUUAUUUGCAGUAUUUUAAAAAGGUAGCAUUUUUUUGGAAGACCUUGUAUUUCUGUUAUUAUUUAUUUUAAUGUUGCUUCUUUACAACACAGAAUCUUAUUUUUGUUUCAGUCUUUAAAAAAUACAAAAGACUUUACUUUUUUAAUGAAUAUUUUAUAAAUUACACAAGUUAGCAUAACUAAUAAUACACUGAAACAUUUUCAGUUUUAUAAUUCAAUUUUCAUAACUGAACUUUUGUAUUAUCAAAAGAAUUGCAGAUUGAUAAUCCUUUUCAUCAAUCUUUUUAAAUUUCUAACUUAUAGCCUAUUAUUUCCUUACAAAGGAAGAAUAAUUAAUGAAAAGUACAUUAAUUAUAUUCAAAAUUAAUUUAUAAUGUUUCCAUAAAUACUUUUUAUGGUAUUUACGUAUCUUAAUACAGUAGAGUCCCGAAAACUUGGCAUUCGAUAACCCGGCAGUCUGGAUGACUCGGCGCAAGCUGUUAUCCUCCCUUCUUUCUGCAAAUGAUGAUGGUCAAGGUCUUAUCCAGAACUUAAAGAAAAUUAACCUAUUGGAUGUUGUUGGCUGGGUGGUGGAUGCCUAGAAUGAGUUAGAGUCAUUAACACUAGUUCGUUUCUGGCGAAAACUCCUUGAUCAUGAGGGAAAUCAGUUCAUUGAACAUGAUGAUGUAGAAAAUUUAAACUUACUCGACCUCCUGAAAAGAGUUCCUGGAUGUGCAGAAGCUGAUGACAAUGACUUUGAACAGUGGUUCCAGAAUGAUACCAAGCAAGACAUUAUGUCCGAUGCAGAAAUUAUUGCUGUUGUCACAGUUAAUGAAAAAAUACCGGAAAAUGAUAAAGACGUUGACGUUGAGGACUCCACCAUACAAGCUCCUAAAAUAUCACAUAGUGAGGGACUAAAGGCUGUUGAAACCUCCUUUCCAUAUUUUGAACAAGGUGUGUCAGUUAUGGACUUACUGUUCCUUCGUCGUCUUCGUGAUGAAGCAGCAAAACACAGAGUGCAUUGCGAAAGACAAUAGGACAUUACGCAUUUCUUUAAAAAAAGUAGCCAGUUUUUGCAAAGUCGGGUAGUUAAUUUUCAUUAUAGACAGCUUUAUGCUUCAUAAAGUAUUUUUGUGAGGUCUG